AUGUACUUCUCAAGGUUUGUAUUAGUUAUUGCUUUUGUUUUACUUGGCCUUGUGUCUGUACAAUCGGCUGUUUCACUCGGUGAUGUACUGUAAGUUGGGUUUAAUAUUUGUUUUUUAGGUUUCGGCGCAUUUUCAACAUAACACAAUGAAAAAGAACAAGGAAGGUUAAAAAUGGCCCUUAGGCCUUUUAACAUUAACAGUAAAACUCUCGUAAUUCUACACAUUAAAACACAAUAAGAUUAUUAGUAGUAUAUAACAGAACAAGAACAACCAUAUUUAUGAUUAAAAACCAAACUAAAACUUAAAAUUUCAGAAUCCGUGAACGUCGUGGCUACGGUUAUGGUGGUGGUGUACCACUCCCUCCACCCCCACCACCAUCGUAUGGUUACGGCGGUGGUGGUGGAUACGGCGGCAGUGGCUUUGGCGGUCCAGGUAUUGGUGGUUUCGGCGGUGGACCAUCGUUCGGCGGUGGAUUUGGAAGGAAAUGA